UAUUCUUGCUUCAAAAUGCGAGCUGCGUGGUAUUUCGUUCUAUUGUGUUUUGCGUUUGCAGAAGAUGAACUAAAAUUAGCUGAACCAUGCGAUCCAGAGGUCUGCAAGCUUCCGGAUUGCAGAUGUUCAUCUACUUUAAUUCCUGGUGACCUUCACCCAGCAAGGACUCCACAGUUUGUCCUACUAACCUUCGAUGAUGCCGUGGCGGUCACCAACAUGCCAAACUAUAAAAGACUUCUGUUCGGUCGCAAGAACUCCAAUCAGUGUCCUAUUGGAACUACUUUCUUCGUCAGCCAUGAAUACACUAAUUACCAGCUCGUCAAUGAGUUGUACAAUGAAGGCUUCGAGAUCGCACUACAUUCAAUCAGUCACAUGAAUCAGACUUACUUCGAGAAUGCUGACUAUGAAACCCUUAUGAGGGAAUUUUCUGACCAAGCCGAAUUGAUGGCUCAUUUUGCUGCACUACCAAUUCACGAUAUGCAAGGAGUGCGCAUGCCCUUCCUUCAAAUGGCCGGUAAUGCCUCGUUCCAAAUGAUGAAGAGUGCUGGUUUAUAUUACGAUAUCUCAAUGCCAACAAUAAGCUUUACCAACCCUGGAAUGUGGCCCUACACUUUGGACUACGCCUCAACCCAGGAUUGUGUCAUACCUCCAUGUCCAACUGCUUCUAUUCCUGGUGUUUGGGUGGUCCCUAUGAUCUCUUGGACUGAUCUUCAAGGAUUCCCUUGUGGAAUGGCAGACUCGUGCUUUAGUCCUCCAGAUGGCAAUGAUGAACAUGGCUGGUUUCGUUUCAUCGUUGAAAACUUUGAGAGACAUUACCUUGGUAACCGAGCUCCAUUCCCGUUCUACCUUCACGAAUCAUAUUUCCGCGAUAGACCAGGAUUCGAGGCAGCUUUUAUAAGAUUCUUGGAUAUGAUCAACUCUAUGAACGACGUGUUUAUGGUGAAUGCAGCCGAAGCUAUUGAUUGGAUACGUAAUCCCGUGCCUAUUGGAGAGUACGUAAACCAGCCUUGUAGGUUUUUCAUGCAGCAACGAUGUCGUCCAUCCGUUUGCGGACCCCUGACUGCCCCACACAAAACAGAACUGUUCUGGAUGGCUGCUUGCAAUACUUGUCCAAGAACCUACCCCUGGUUGGGCAACCCUCUCGGAGUCUAAUAAUAAAAAGCUUUCUGCUAAUAUAUUAAUCGACAA